UGUAAAUACAUUUUCACAUUCUAAAUAUGAAAAGACACAUUCUUCUUUUGCAACGGCAACGAAGAUUCUUUCUCUCUCUCCCAUUUCAUCAAAACCCCCAAAUUUCCUCAAUUAGGGUUCAUUCCAUUUCCAAUUCCCAAACCCUCCAAUCCCCAAUCUUCCAAAUUCCCGAAAUCACCGAAAUCACCCCUCCCUGAGUCCCCCGAUUCUCACGGCGAGCCUCCGUAGCUCGCUCAUUCGCCGGACUCAUGGCGAAUUUCUCCGAUCGAACCGUCAUUCUCACCUUCUUCGCCCUCUGCAUCCUCUUCCCCAUCUUCACAACCGCAGAACAAGAACACGAAGAAUCAUCAUCCGUUCUCCUGUUACCGUCGGCCACCGCCGUCGAGGAACACAAUAUGUGUUCCGGAACAACGCCGUCAUCUUGUCCGGCGAAAUGCUUCCGUACGGAUCCGGUUUGCGGCGCCGACGGUGUGACAUACUGGUGCGGUUGCGCCGAAGCUGCGUGCGCCGGAGCUAAAGUUGCUAAAUUGGGUUUCUGUGAGGUAGGGAAUGGUGGAUCCGCGAAUUUUCCCGGUCAGGCUCUACUUUUGGUUCACAUUGUAUGGCUCAUCGUGUUAGGGUUUUCGGUAUUGUUCGGGUUUUUUUAGUUUCGACGCCGGGGAAUUCUGUAAUUAUGAGGAUGUUGUUGUGUGUUUGUGUAAUCUUCUGGGUUUGGGUUUGGGUAACAUGACAAUUCUUUUUCUCAUUUUUUAUUAUUGGGGUGUUAUAGGGGAUUUGGGAGGUGUGUAUUUUUGUUUAUAUUGUAAUUGAUCAUUUGACCAAUUCUUAUACUUGAUGUAUACAUUUUUAUGAGAUGAAACUACUAUCAAAUUUGUUAUUGAAUUCAA